AUGGAUGAAGAGCAGCGAAGACUUUCGCAGCAUUUCGAGGUUCCGGGACCGGUGUUUCUGCAACCGCUGUACGAUUUCCACAUCGAGUACAUACCAACGGACCAAUUUGGCAACGCAGACGUACUGUCCCGGCUUAUUGACAAGCAUGCUAAGCCGGACCCAGAAUAUAUGAUCGCCAGCAUCGAGCUUGAGGAAGCUCCGGAAGGACGCCUUACAACCGUUGGGAACUGCAUUUUGUUCGGGGAGAGGGUAGUCAUCCCCGCGGCUUUGCAGAUGAGGUGCCUGAAGCAGCUCCAUCAGGGACAUCCAGGCAUACAGCGGAUGAAGGCGAUAGCGCGCAGUUUCGUCUACUGGCCAUCAUUGGACGACGACAUCACUAGCUGCGUCGCUACUUGUGAUGCUUGCCAGGCCGCAGCAAAGUCUCCACGUAUGUCUGCACCUGCGCCCUGGCCAAAACCAUCAGCUCCCUGGCAGCGAGUGCACAUCGACUACGCCGGACCAAUCGAUGGUGCAUACUUCUUGGUCGCAGUUGACGCCUUCACGAAGUGGCCCGAAAUCGCGGAAACAGCAAGUAUAACCUCACAUUCCACAAUUAUUCUUUUGAGAGGAAUAUUUGCCAGAUUCGGACCACCAGUCACACUGGUCAGCGACAACGGGACUCAGUUUACCAGUGAAGUCUUCAAGGAGUUCUGCGACGCUAACGGCAUUGAACACAUCACGACUGCACCGUUCCAUCCCCAAUCGAACGGCCAGGCCGAGCGGUUCGUGGAUACCUUCAAGCGGGCCUUGAAGAAAAUUCGAGUCGAGAAGGCAUCGCUUGAGCGGCUUUGGAUCUGUUCCUGCAAACAUACCGUUCCACCCCGAAUCCAAUGUUGGACCAACGCACGCCUGCUGAAGUCAUGUUCAACCCGGCGACACGGACGGUUCAUCAUCUGCUGCGCCCUCACCAUCACGGGAGUCUUCAGUGAAUAG